CUAAGACAGAAGUCGGGGGUCAGGGGACAAAGACAAAAGAGGAUCCGAGUGGGUUUGGAGACAAAGACUUGGUGUGACGCAGGUGGACGAGACAGUCGCAUUUCAAAGCAAUAUGGAUUAUAAAUCUAGCCUGAUUCCUGAUGGAAACGCUAUGGAGAACCUGGAGAAGCAGCUGAUCUGCCCCAUCUGCCUGGAGAUGUUUACCAAGCCUGUGGUCAUCCUGCCCUGCCAACACAACCUCUGCCGGAAGUGUGCCAACGACGUCUUCCAGGCUGCGAAUCCCUACUGGACCAACCGCGGUGGCUCAGUGUCCAUGUCUGGAGGUCGUUUCCGUUGCCCCUCGUGCCGCCAUGAAGUGAUCAUGGACCGGCACGGGGUGUACGGCCUGCAGAGGAACCUGCUGGUGGAAAACAUCAUUGACAUCUACAAGCAGGAGUGCUCCAGUCGGCCCCUGCAGAAAGGCAGCCACCCGAUGUGCAAGGAACACGAAGACGAGAAGAUCAACAUCUACUGUCUCACGUGUGAGGUGCCUACUUGCUCCUUGUGCAAGGUGUUUGGGGCUCACCAGGCCUGUGAGGUUGCCCCUUUGCAAAGCAUCUUCCAAGGACAGAAGACUGAGCUGAGUAACUGCAUCUCUAUGCUGGUGGCGGGGAAUGACCGAGUGCAGACGAUCAUCUCUCAGCUGGAGGACUCGUGCAGAGUGACCAAGGAGAACAGUCACCAGGUGAAGGAGGAGCUGAGCCAGAAGUUUGACGCCCUCUACGCCAUCCUGGACGAGAAGAAGAGCGAGCUGCUGCAGCGGAUCACGCAGGAGCAGGAGGAGAAGCUGGGCUUCAUUGAGGCUCUGAUCCUCCAGUACAGGGAGCAGCUGGAAAAGUCCACCAAGCUUGUGGAGACCGCCAUCCAGUCCCUGGAUGAGCCCGGAGGGGCUACCUUCCUCUCGAGUGCCAAGCAGCUUAUCAAGAGCAUUGUAGAAGCCUCCAAGGGCUGCCAGCUGGGGAAGACAGAGCAAGGCUUUGAGAACAUGGACUACUUUACCCUGGACUUAGAACACAUAGCAGAGGCCUUGAGGGCCAUUGACUUUGGGACAGAUGAGGAGGAGGAGGAGGAGUUUACAGAAGAGGAGGCUGAUGAAGAAGAGGGCGUGACCACAGAGGGUAAAGAAGAACACCAAUGAAGAAGGAGAUGAGCGAGACACGCUCUGGACGCAGAGAUGGGGGAGGUGGGGACAGGCCCAUCUCGGGAGGGGGUUAGGGCUCCUUGGGGGGCACAAUAGGGAAGUGUGUCUUCUCUCUGCUCAGAGAGCAGGGAUUAGCAUAGGGCUCCCCACCACUGUGUCCAGCAGCUGCUGAAACACAAUUGGAAGUGUAUCCAAGACGUCACAGGACACUUUUCUACGUUGGUGCGAAAUGAAAUAUUUUGUAUGUUUUUAAAAUGUGAUUUUUUGUAUAUACUUGUAUAUGUACGCCAGUUUGGUGCUUUUUGUACGAGAACUUUUGUAUAAUCACGCCUGGUCAUUGUGUGACUGGCGAUUGUCACAAAGCGGGAAGGAAGCCAAGACAAUAGAGAUGCCUACUUCCUUUCCUUGGUGGGAGGGCUGGGUCUCACUCGACGGCCUAGAGGGGGCAAUGUACUGUACAGUGCCCAUCCCCAAACAUGGGGAUAGGACUGAAUUUGUGUUAUAUGUUGUUUUGCACAAGGGGCUGGGCCUUGGGGCACACACCCUUUGAUCCCAGCACUCUGGAGGCAGAGGCAGUUGGAUCUCUAUGAGUUCAAGGCCAGCCUGGUCUACAUGGAGAGUUCCAGGUCAGUCAGAGCUACAUAGAGAGACUCUGCCUCAAAAAUAAAAAUGAAAAAGAAUAAAAAAUAAACUCACAAUGCUCUUU